UCUUGAUAUCUUAGCUUUUUAAGUCAAAGAUUUUCCUUUGAUUCGUUAUAUUAUAUCAUCAGUCAAAAUCUUGAAAAGCUUUUUAAAAUGGCCGGUUGGUUCUCGCUGCCCAUGGUUAAAGCCGAUGAGGAAGAGGAGUUAGUUGAUCCUCAAGAGACACUCAGGGAGAAAUGCCAAGCUAAGGAACAUAUUAAGUCGUUGUACGAUAAUUACCAGGAGUGCAAUGAUCGCGUAAAUGGAAAAUCCAAAACUACUGAGACGUGCGUUGAAGAAUUAUUUGAUUUUGUUGCUGAAUUGGAUCAUUGUGUGGCACAUAGCCUGUUCUCAAAACUAAAGUAAUUGAAAAUUAAAGCCAGAAAUGCAUGAAACCAUAGAAUAUUA